AUGAUUUUUUUAAAAAAGAAGGCCAAUCAAAAUGAUCGAAUCAGUGACUUACCAAGUAAUGUCAUUGAUGCCAUCCUGGGAAACUUGAGAAUCCGAGACCAAGUUAGGACUAGUAUUUUGUCAAAAAAGUGGAGGUAUAAGUGGAUUUCAGUCCCUCAAAUUUAUUUUGAGGAAGACUUUUUUGAAAGUUUUAUACAUCUUGAUGACCCUGUAAUUUCUCAAAUCAUCGCGGAAGUUGUUAUGAUCCGCAAUGGGCCAAUACACAAGUUUUCUGUUUGCGUGUCUGGAGACUGCGAAUUCAAUAUCUCAAAGGAAAAACUCAAUAUGUGGAUUCCCUUUAUGUCAACGGACCUUACACAUCUCAAGCUUUUGACCUACUGUACUCCUCCAGACGAGCAUCAAAUGCCUGAAAUUCUCUUCUCUUGUAAGGAAUUGACUUACUUCAAAUUUAGCUCAUUUAACUUGUCAAUUCCACCUAAUUUCUGCGGCUUUAAAAAAUUGCUUGAACUUCACUUAGUUUGUGUUGAGUUCGAGACCAGCGCACUUGAGAGUCUUAUAUUGGGUUGUCCGUUUCUUGGAAAGCUCAGCAUUGAACAAUGUACUGGUUGUGAUUAUCUUGUUAUAUCUUCUCCUUCUCUCAAAGUCUUAGUGCUGACAUUGAUCUAUACAAAGUCAAUUUGUCUCGAGAAAGCAAAUAAUCUGAUUGAUUUUUCACUCACCACGUAUGAGGGCAGAUGUUUUAUCAAAAGCUUGCCAAAAAUUAAGAGGUUUUCUCUGACCAUUUGGGAAAAGUAUGAAGACAUCAUUCCUCCCAUGUUUCGAACAAGCUCAUUCAGCUCUUUAGAGUAUCUAAAAUUGGAUGGCUUAAAUUUUAAGGAAAGUGGACAACUUUUGCAUAUUGUUAGUAUACUCAAAAGUGCUCCUAAGUUGAUUGAACUUGACAUAGAGGAGAUUUUCGAUGAUGUUAACACCACACAAAUGACAGACUAUUCAAAGGAGGAGUUAGAAUGUUGUAGUUCUUGCCCUAAACUUCAGACAGUGAAAAUCAAUGGAGGUAGCUCGCAGCAUGCGAUGAGUUUGAUAAAGUUCAUACUUGCAAAUUCUCCUUCUUUAAAGUCUCUUACUUUUAGUUGUAUUUUUAUUAAUUUAGAUGCACCUAUGUUGUUAAAAAUUUCACAAGACUUGUUACUGAUGGAACGAGCAUCACCAAGAGCACGUGUUAGUUUCCGUUAUUGA